AUGGGACUCUCAUCGGAUGGGUACCUCUGUCGUUCAUUUCUAUCAAAACUCGUGGAUUUGGCGUUUUGGGACGCGGAGAAGCAAAGGCUGCGUGCCCCCAGAAAAGUGGUGGAAGCUCUGCAAAGUGGUCUACAGCAACACGCGGAGGAGUAUUACCGGGCUGUUGUAGAACACUUCGAUCAGUUUUUGGUUUGUCUGAAAGAUCACGGGGCUUCAGCAUUAGAUGGGUAUAAAGUCUUCUUCGCCUUCCCAAAUAAGGACGGUACGAUGACAGAACUUUUUCCCAACGGAAUUUCUGUCAAGGUUACUGCAGAAAAUUAUAGGUAUUUCUUGAGCUUGGUUCAUAACGUGCGACAUAAUUUGCCUGCCCUGUUGCGUGAUUUGCCCAUUGAUCCUAAGCUGCACCUCAGUGGGGACUAUUACCCAGUAGCCUCCUUUAUUACUGAGCACUUGUUGAACCUGUCUUCGGAGUGGUACAUUGAUAAUGAGGAGGACUGGGACGCCCUCAACGUGACCUAUUGUUUACCCUUUAAUGGGAAGUUGUUUGAUGUUUUUCCUGGAAUGCAUAAUGCAUUGGUUCCAUACUGGAAUGCCAAGCGCUUUGGAAUAAAUGCAAUGAGGUUGCUGCAACAGCUCACGGCAGGGCAUCAACUCUCUGCUCAGUUUUUUGCCCCUCUGGAAGAACUUCAGCAGCAGCUGCUGUCAAUAAAGUCGCGCGGCUACUUGGAUUUUUUACAUACUUUGCAGAGGAUGAACGGACCUUUUGGGCGUAUUUUAAGCGUGGAAGAAUUUGAUGCCAUUGGCCUUACUUACAGCAUACCAACAGGAAACACCUUUGUUCCUCUCAUACCUGGUAAAGAGCAUGAGCGUGUGGCCUAUGAAGACAAGGAUCUCUUUGUAAGCUUGGCAAUAGCCAAGUUGAUGGAAACGAUGGCACCGCCAACACGUUCCAGUAACUUUGCAUUUUCGCCACAUCCACUGAUCGAUAAUAUGCCGCCAUCAGAGAAAGCAUUUUGGGAUACCGUUGAAGCCAUCACGAACGAUCCUGCCAAAGCUGUGGGCCUCUGUUUUGCAAUAAGAGUCCUGGGUCAGGAUAUUUUUCUUAAAGAGUGCGGGGACAAUAUCGGUGUUACUAAAGAGAAUUUGAAGGAGUACGUUGACUGCUUGUAUCAAAGGCAGGAGAUGAUUCACAACGCAUUCGUCCAAAACGAAAUUCAAGCCACUGAGAUGGGUGUGGUGCCAUCAAACCACACACCACCGACCACUGCAAAGCAGCUAAUGGAAUCGCUUCAUCAAUACCCGCCACAGAAUUCUCGUCUGUGGAAUACAUUUACGCUAGAUCCAGAGGAUGAAAACAAUGAAAUAUUUCAUAUUGUAAAUACUAUUGCAAGCAGGAAGGACAAGCACAUGGCAGGGGAGCUUGAAGGGCCACUUUUCUUUGCUAUUCCCAUUCCUGGAAAAGGGCUGUACAAAUUAUUGCCCCAUGGAGAAAAAAUUUUAGUUACAAGGUUAAAUGAAAAGGAAUUUGUGGAACGAAUUUGGUAUGAAGAGAAACGUCUUCGUUGCAUGGCUUCUACUGCAUGGAAGCGUAAAUCAACUAAGGCUCAACUGGAUGCGACUGUACUGUUUGAACCAACCGACAAAUUUUUACCUGGAUGCUCUCAUCUGUCCAGGAUAGAAGUUGUUGAGUCUCUACCAAGCCAACAACAAAGAAUAUACUACAAUCCUUCUUCCGGACUGAUGAGAGUCACGACCUGGGCCACGCUUGAUGAAAUUGAUAUGUAUAAGAAGAAUCUCACGUUGUUAAAACGAAGUAGAAAUCGAUUGUCCCCACGAAUGUUUCAGGAGUUGGGCCUCCGGUACGCUUUGAUGGUGGGAGGAGAGGAGUUAGAAUUGGUGAAGGACGGUCGACGACGAUUUGUUGCGAUGCACGAGUUGGACAGUUAUGUGGAUAUGGCUGUUUGUAAACUAGAAGAGUUACGACAUCAUAUCCUGCAGCAGAAUGAAGUGUAUUCCUAUAGCUGGGUUGUGCCAUCUCACCAUCCACGUCCGCAACGCAAUACUUUGCGGUCUGCCCAAAUGAAAAGAACAAAAUAA